AAUCCUUAGUCCGCAAUAAUGCGCUCCAUCACCAACGUGAGCCUCGACUCGUGGCUCUUCGGGGAGGACAAACCCAGCGGGAACGACGCCCCCAGUCGGUCGUCACUCAACGCUGUAGGUCCAAGUCCUCCACCUGCCCCGAAGAGAAACUCGGUGCGUCUCACAGGCCGCAGUUCACCGCCCAAAUCCAACAUGUCGGAGCUUUCGUACCCAUUCCCCGUGAGCUCCAAGCUGCGCAAGCUCUUCCGCCCCAACAAACUACAAUGGAAGAAACCCACGCACAAGACGCAUCGACAGCUGGUGGGGAUGGAUACGACGAGCUUCCAGAAGCUGCAGGGCCACGUGCCGUUCACGCUCAAAGAGCUCGUGAAAGACCCGAAGAAGCUGCCGUAUCUGCUGCAGUUUUUAUCUGUGGACGCUGAGAGUCCUAGCGAUACCACACACAGUAACUAUCACCAGGUUCUGCUCUUCCUUAUGGAGAUCGAGCAGCUCCAGACAGUGGACGAAGGGAAACAACGUGAACAGGCUCGUAAGAUAUGGCACAAGUACAUUGACAAUUCGUCGGAGUUUCAGAUCGCCGCAACACUAGAGCUCACGACCGAAUUGGAGCAGCUGGUGAAGGACAAUAUUGACAAGACAGACAAGGUAAACGACAGCUUCUUUCCCAUUCAGAAACUGGCCUACAUGAGGCUCACUCGGGAAGAGAUGCCGAGGUUCUUGAAGAGCGACGAGUACCUGCAAAUGCUUAUUGAUACCGAAGACGGUACCAGGAGGAUCCCGAUGGAGAGAGUAUUACAACAACCACGAGCAGCUCACUAUUUUCUACUCUUCUUGAUGCAAAGUCGACAGCAUUUCGAGCUGUACUUCUGGCUACACGUCGAGUACGUGCUGAAACCUUUGCUGGAAGAAGAGAAAUACGAGCUCUUUUGGCGACUGGCACGUGUGCUAGUGGACAAGGCACAGAAUGACUCGCAGGCCAUCACUCUUGCGACCAAGAACGACUUAUACUUGGCGGUAUCUAGUCGUCGCUUUGAUGAUAAACUCCAGCCGCCACAACCUGUAGCCAAGUCGCUAUUUAACAAAGCACAGCAAGAGAUUUUCGCCAUGUUGAGGUCGUCGUGGUACGAUCGAUUCACCAAGAGCGAUCUCUACAAAGUUGCGCUGAAGGACUCGCUUAUCCACUUUGAUCUCGUGGAAUCCAAAGACUCGCCACCGAAGCUUCUGUCCAGAGCCUUUUCAUCCGCAGAGUACUCGAAGGUGCACACCAAUGCUGACGUAGCUGAUGGGGAGAGUGAAGCGGGCAGCAAUGAGCACGAAGACGAAGAAGAGAGCGCUGACAGCAAACCAACAACCACUGAAAGCUCCGAUCAGUUGAGUGCGAGCAACAGCGAAGCCGGAAGUCUGAGCGAUUCGGAGGAGACAGACGAGCGUGGUUUUGCCAAGGUGGUCUUGAAUCUCGAGAGUAUCAUCCGACUGACUAAGCUUCCUGAAGGACUUCAAGUGCACUACCGACCCAACUACGAGUCUCCUAGUGCGAAUGCACCCGUGCCGAAGGAAGAUGACUGCGGUAUCGAUACCAUCCUGACGUUCGCGACGUUCAUGGAGAAACAGGAGGGAGAGGAUGCCGCUGCUACUCUGAUGCUCAUGCCUGUUCCCAAUCCACACAAGGAAAAGGACAGCAACGAUGAGUCCUUUGAGGACAUUGGACGACGAAUCAAGACUUUCCUCGUUCCGAGCGGACGGAUCCUCAUCAAGCGGUCAGGUGGUGAAAAGUGUCCUGCUGAUAUCCUAUUCCCUUUCCAACAAAGCGGUCGAGAUGGAUUCCUGUUUGGAUCAGUCUACUUGACGUAUGAGCCCAUGCACGUGGGAUCCUCCAACGACGAGAUUUAUGUGGCCAAAGGCUUCUGUUUGCUAUCGCAUCUACCGCUCGUGAACUCGCUUAGGAAGUUGGUGGAAGAGCACGUUCAAAGCGUCCAAGAGCCAUCCAGUGUCCUCGCGCAUGAUCGAUUAGCGUUGCUGUUUCAAAGCAGUCUCAGCUGGAGAAGAACGACUAUUACGAGUGCCAGAACUCACACGUACGUGCACCCGGAAAUGCGGCGUCUGGCUCAUCGGAAACACAGCAGCAUUUUGAGUCUACCUUUGAGUACACUGGAGACACAAGUGGAUGUCCCGAUGACGAUCCUUUUCGAGCAGUUUGGGACUGCAAUGGUCCUCCAGAUUCUCGCCAGCGCUGUGCUGGAGUGCAGUAUCGUAGUAGUUGCCAGCCAGUACUCGCUGCUGACCAUGUGCGCUGAGGCGAUCCGCAACCUGUUGCGUCCGUUCUCGUGGUGUCACGUGUAUGCUCCUGUGCUGCCAAAGCCUCUGCUGUCCUAUCUGCAGUGUCCCACACCAAUUCUCGUGGGUGUGAACAGCGAGUUUGCGGUACGAUCAGAUCUUCCAACGCGGGGUUUGUAUCUCGUUGCUGAUGUGGAUCGCAAAGUCGUGGAAUACGUCGGCGACCAGUCCGUGUCUUGGCGUGGUCUGGGGCUGCGAGAUGAUGUGGGUAAAGAGUCGAUCUUCCUGCCUCGAUGCUUCGAAGCUGCUAAGCAUGAGCUGGACAGGUUGCUAUUCCCGAGAACGCUGCAGUUCGACGCAAUAGGAGGAUGUGAGACGACGCCAAUUGAUAACGUCGACAGCUCCUUCGUGUAUUCUUCGCCUCCCGAGACGGAAGCUGAGCGGGAUGAGCAGGUACGAGGAAUCUGCUUUGAUCUGUUCUCGGAGCUCUUGAGCGGCCAUACGAAUGCCUGUCUGGUGGUGGGCGACACGAAGGAGUCUGUGGUUAUCUUCGACGAGACCGAGUUCCUAGCGACGCGUGCUGAAGAAGAUCAACCGUUCUAUCGAGCUCUGCUGCGUACACAAUGCUUCUCAGAAAUCGUCAGUGCACAUCGGAUCAACAUGGGUUCAAAGGAGACUGAUGCAGACACCUUGGACGCAGAUGAGGAUCUGCAGGAAGGAAUCAUCUAACUAAAUGUUUAUCAAUGUUGACCUUUGCUCACCCAAAUUUUAACAGUUACGCUGGCUCGCAGAUGUAUCAGCACUUGAGGCCUCCUCUUCGCGAUGAACUUUCUUCGCUGGCGUGUCUUCCAUCUCCACAUCCCCUUCGGCGGCGCGGCUUCGCUUAAGAGACUGGGCAUCAGCGGCUUCUUCCAAGACUACGUCCACCUGGCUACCAUUUAUCUUUGCAGCAUCCAUAUCAGCAGUAACCAUCUCGGUGUCCUCAGCCUCAUUGCCAGAUUCACUGUUCGCACCGUUAAUAGACACCUCUGGCGUCGUAGCCUGGUCAACGGC